AUGUCGAUUAAAGGAAUACCUCAGUAUCAGAUCCAGCCUCUUGACUCUAUUGCUGAGAUGUUCGAAGAAAUGAAGUGCAAAGUUGUCAUAGACAGCCACAAACUUCAUUAUGUUUUUGCUACAGUUACAGAUCUUCCCUCACCAGCUGUUUUCAAUCUCGAUACUCACAAAAUAAUUUAUUUCAACACAAAAGGAGCACCAACAUCCCCAUUUACAUGCAUAGAUAUCUCAAAUGAUUUGGCAUACCUUGUCACAGGUCACUUGAAUGGCUCUGUCAGUGUCUGGUCUAUUGCAGAACAAAAGUUUGUCAAAUCUCUCGAUAACAAGAAGGACUAUUCUGAAGUUACAUACGUCAAUUUUGGUGUUACUUCAGAAUACAUUUUCUACGGUGAUGCCUCAGGUAAACUAUACUCAGUUGUUUUCCGUAAAGGCUUUAUGGGCUUCAAGAUGGAUCAGAGACUCUUGUACACUGCUGAUUCAAGAAUUACAACUGUCUUAGCUUCAAAUGCCAACAUCGAGAACUCCCCAGCCAUCGGCUUCGCAACAUUCGGCAAUAGCUACCUUAUUUUCAACCAAUCAUUGAUCGAAUCUGCAAAUAAUCCAAUAAUUCAACAGCCAAUUACUCUUGAUGGCAAGACCGAAAUGUCCAUCAUUACCAAGGAUGGCGCAGUCUUCCUGGCCAUCGGCGGCGGCAAAGAUAUCCAAUAUUGGAAAUUUGGUUCUAAUUUCUCCGGAACACAACUCUGGACCAAAUCGCUUGAGAACGAGAAAGUACAUAAGAUCAACCUUCUUACCUCUACAAUUACAGCCGUUAUUACAACGAAAGGUUCGAUGAAUUUAUAUACAAACAAAGGCUGCACGGUUUCAGCUGGCGAAUUCGAGAAUUACAUCGAUAUAUUCUCAGGCCGUACUGAUCUCAUGGUCGACGAUGACAAAAUCCUUCUUGUCAGUAAGAAUAUGCCAGCCCACAUUUGUUUCACUGAUUGGAAGGAAGUUAUUGAGUUCCAUGUUGAGAAGAAGGAAUACGACAAGGUAUUCUCCAUGCUUCUUGAGAUAAGUAUUGGUACAAGUGACGAUUUGAUCGGACUUUCGUCAAACAACACAAUUCGUCGUAUCGAAGUUGCCAAAAUCGGCAGAGAUGUAUCAGAAAGAUGCAUUGCAGACAGUAUGAACUCUACUUCCCUUUCAGCAGAUUUAUCAUACGUCAUAACUUACGCAACUCAGCUCGGAAUCGGCCGUGAUGUAGUCCAAAGCGCUUUCAAGGUCUUCAAAGAGAAGAAUAAGCUCGAGGAGUUCUUCGCCGGCAUCUUUGCAAAUCAAUCUUUCAAUGGACAAGCAGUUACAGCCGAUAUCGUCAAAGAAUACUUCGAUUACGCCGCUGCCAACAAUAUCCUUGACAAAGCCGAGGAUAUUUUGACGAAUAUGACGUUAGAUCAAGACCAAGCCAAAUCAAUUUUGUUGUUGGCCAGAGAAAGGAACAUGAUCCAACUCCAGAAGAAGAUCUUAUUACGUUUCUACCAGAACGUCGUUCUCGCGGCCCAAAUUUCCUUCAAAUCAGGUUCAUUAUCUAAUUUCGUAUCCGAAAUCUUCUCCAAGAAGCGAGAAGCCGCAAGUAUCCUCAACUUAUCAACCUGGCUGAUGAUCCCUCACAACGGAAUCUACGACAGAAUGAACGCUAUGAUCAAUAAUAACUGGGAGAGGGCCGCCGGCAUCAUUUCCCAGAUGAUUGAGCUUUGUCCCAUCAAGUUCAACAAAGUAGAAGCACUUCAGCCUAUCCAUAUCGUUGAUGCCGCCUUAAAUGCGAUCAAAGAUGUUGAAUUCACCAAAUGUUCUAAGAUAUUAGAUGCCAUCUGCCCAGUCAUCUACACAUUGUCACUCCCUUACAACGGCUGUGCCAUCAAGAACGUCUGCACAUGGAUCUUCACCACUUCAAACUUUGUUGAAGCGAGGGAAGCAGUUUUGAAGCAGAUAACUGACACUUUUCCUGAUGCAUUUCCACUUGACAUUGUUGCAGAGAGCUGUUUGAGCUGUGGCUUUGUCAAUUUGGCUGAAGAACUGUUCCUCAAGAAGAAGGACUAUCAGUCAAUCAUGAAAGCAUAUAUCAGUUCCCAAGAGAAAUCGAGAUUUGUCUUUGAUUUCAUUGAAAACCACCUUUCUGACAGAAAUGAGAUCAAAUUGGCGGUUUUACAUCAUAUUUCAACACUUUUGAAUUUGAAUGCGUUGAAAUUAGUUUCCAUCAUCAAAGCCAAUUUCGAGGACUCCAUUGAACCACUCAAGACACAACUCAAAGGUCGCGAUCUCUUCAAAUACUUGUCCGCGCUUUUCGAGACGAGUGAAGACAAAAACAAAUCAUUUGACGCGAAGUUUGUUUUGGAGUUGUUCAAGUUGUAUUGUCAGUUUGAGCCUUCAAACGCUUCCCACUUCCUGAACACUGCGACAACAUGGGAGGACUUCGAUCUGGACGAGGCCCUCAAGGUCGCUCAGAAGUUCAAACUCAUCGAUUGCGAAAUAAUAAUACAUAGAAUGCACUCAAACGCAAUCGAAGCUGUCAAAUUAAUCGUCACUGAAAUUGAAGUGUCACUUUUAGAAUUAAUUGAUAGCGAUGCACCUAUAGAAUUUGCAGAUGUUGCACAGAUGAACAAGAGUGAGUCAGUCAGUCGCCAGUACAAUGCCGUUAUGUGCGCGAUCCAGUUGUUGGAGAGUUUGGAUGACAAAGAAAAUGAAACUGUUCAGAGAUGGAUUGACACUUUUCUUGCAUUCCAGUUUCCAUUGUAUCACAUGAAGACGAAAGGAAACACGAAGCUGAAAGCCGUCAUUACACAGUUGUUCACAUACUUUGUUAUGGCAGCUCUCAAUCAUCUCAGAACAGAGUUAGUUUUCGCCACUUUGACAAUCUAUUUCUGCGCUAUGGAUCAGGCAGAAUACAGAACAAUUUUGAACGCAAUUUUCGCAAGAGCAAACUACCAAGUACAGCUCUACGGAACAGUCGAAGAGAUGCUCAUCAACGACUGUUUGAAACUCUGCAACAAAGCGUUCGAGAGAAUAACACAAGGUUACGCUGUAACUGAUGACAGACCAAAAUGCGCAAUUUGCCAACAGCCGCUUUCGUACGGAGGAAGCGAAAUAAGAGUGUAUCCUUGCGGCCACGCAAUCCACAAUAACUCUAUCUGCGGAAACUACGAGAAGUGCAUCAUCUGCAAUGGAGCAAAGAGAGAAACAGGAACAGUAUCACAAAUGAAGACAAAGAAAGACACAAGGUUGGCUUUGAGAAAAUUCAACUUCGCAAUGAUGAGAAACUACAGCGAUGACGAGUCACAGCAGGCAAAGGACAUCUUGCUCUUCUCUCCUCAGCCUUAUUACGAGGGAGACCCGGCUAAUUACCAGUUGGAAUUCGUUGGAGUUGCUAACGAUGAGUUCAAACCGGCAUUUUAA